AGAAUUGCAGCGCGGAUCUCUGGCUCUGGCGGCGCAGGGUAGCCUAGACUCAGGUCCUUUCGCUUCGUCUGUCCGGAGCUGCUGGGCGAUGCGGGGCCGCGCGCGGAGCUUUGCGGACCCUCGCCUGAAGCAGCGAAUCAAGCAGUACCUGAGCAGUAAUAAAUGUGGUCGAUAUGUGGACAUUGGAAUUUUAGCAGCUGGUUUACAGAAAACUUACAGUGCAGAAUAUGGCCGAAGAAAGAGAAAUGCCUUUAGAAUUCAGGUUGAGAAAGUAUUUGAGAUAAUAAGUAAUGAGAGAGAAUUUGAAGAUUUAACCACUUUAGAAAAUGAACAUGUGGCGAAAAGAGCAAGAGACAGACAAGGAGAGGAUGAGGAUGUGGAAAGCUACACGGAUGACUCAGAUGAUGAUUACCCAGAGCAUCUGCACACGAAUCACCUGAACAGCUCUCUGUUGACCUUAUAUCGGAAAGGAGAUCCUGAUUCUAUUCUAGCAACUCCAAAGAAUGAGCCUACAGAAACCAGUACCACUGCACAAGUGACAGCUCCCAGAACCAGUGUUCUUCCAUCUGGAACCCCGCUUGAUACUAGGGUCACUGAAGGUGGAUGGUUUAUUGAUAAAACUCCAGAUAGAAGAGAAGACAACUUCUUAAUUGACCUUUGUGAGGAAGAAGAAGAAAAAAAACUGGUUUCUGAGAAAUCAAAGGACCUUUCUUUUUUGGAGAGUGAAGGAAAGAAGACAAAGGGUAAGAGACGAAAAAGAAGGAAAGAAAGCUCUCAAGACGUAGAUGAAGAAAUAGAAUCUGUUUUGCAUAAGAAAGUUAAAACUAAAGGACCAGAGCUACAAUUCCCUUUAGUGAAAUUUGAGGAUGUGGGAGGCAAUGAUGAAACUCUGAAGGAAGUAUGUAAGAUGCUGAUACACGUGCGUCACCCUGAAGUAUACAACCACUUAGGUGUAGUCCCACCACGAGGAUUUCUUUUACAUGGACCACCGGGGUGUGGAAAGACAUUACUAGCCCAGGCAAUUGCUGGGGAACUUGAACUUCCGAUGCUCAAAGUAGCUGCUACUGAAGUUGUAUCGGGAGUGUCUGGGGAGUCUGAACAGAAGCUGAGAGAGUUGUUUGAACAAGCAGUGUCCAAUGCACCAUGCAUCCUUUUCUUAGAUGAGAUUGAUGCAAUUACACCAAAAAGAGAAGUUGCAUCGAAAGACAUGGAGCGGAGAAUUGUCGCCCAGCUUUUAACCUGUAUGGAUGACCUGAAUAAUCUGGCUACCACUGCUCAGGUCCUAGUCAUUGGCGCUACUAACAGACCAGACUCGUUGGACCCAGCAUUGAGGCGCGCUGGAAGAUUUGACAGAGAAAUUUGUCUAGGGAUUCCUGAUGAAGCAUCUAGAGAGAGAAUUCUACAGACCUUGUGCCGAAAACUAAGGCUCCCUGAAUCUUUUGAUUUUCAGUAUUUAGCCCAUAUGACUCCAGGGUAUGUAGGUGCUGAUUUGAUGGCACUUUGUCGUGAAGCAGCUACGUGUACAGUAAACAGGGUCCUGAUAAUGUUGGAGGAACAGAAAUGGAAAGGUGUACAAGUUGGAGAAGCAACGACUGAGCGAAGCUUAGAGACUGGAACAGAAGCACUGGUAGAAAAGGAUAUUAAACAUUUAGAGCUUCCUGCUAAGUAUGAAUUGCAGAGGCUGCUGGAAUUGCUAAAGGAUGAAAAUCCCCUGCUGGAAGAGCAGCUGCAGAAGCUCUGCAUCGAAAUGAAUGAUUUCAUUGUUGCGCUGUCUUCAGUGCAGCCUUCCGCCAAGAGAGAAGGCUUUGUCACAGUCCCUGAUGUGACAUGGGCAGAUGUUGGAGCCCUGGAGGACAUUCGGGAGGAGCUCACAAUGGCAAUAUUGGCACCUGUGCGGAAUCCAGGGCAAUUCAAAGCUCUUGGCCUAACAGCUCCAGCUGGUGUUCUACUUGCAGGACCUCCUGGGUGUGGAAAAACACUGCUGGCAAAGGCUGUAGCAAAUGAAUCUGGAUUGAACUUCAUCUCUGUGAAAGGUCCUGAACUGUUAAAUAUGUAUGUUGGUGAAAGUGAGCGUGCUGUCCGUCAGGUAUUCCAGCGGGCCAGAAAUUCAGCCCCUUGCGUUAUAUUUUUUGAUGAAGUUGAUGCUUUGUGCCCUCGGAGAUCGGACCGGGAGGCUGGUGCCAGUGUCCGUGUGGUAAACCAGUUGCUAACAGAGAUGGAUGGUCUAGAACAUCGUCGGCAGGUUUUCAUUAUGGCUGCUACCAACAGGCCAGACAUAAUUGACCGAGCUAUCCUGCGCCCUGGCAGACUUGAUAAAACACUCUAUGUGGGUUUGCCACCACCUGUGGAUCGACUUGCUAUUUUAAAGACCAUCACCAAAGAUGGUACCCGACCCCCUUUGGAUGUUGAUGUAAACCUUGAAGAAAUUGCUUAUGAUCGUCGUUGUGAUUGUUAUACGGGGGCAGAUCUUUCCGCUUUAGUGCGUGAAGCUUCAAUUUGUGCCUUGAGACAGGAAAUGGCCCUACAGAAUGGCAAGAGCAAUAAAGGAGAAAUCAGGAUUAGCAAAAACCAUUUUGAAGAAGCAUUUAAGAAAGUGAAAUCAUCUAUAUCAAGAAAGGAUCAAGCCAUGUAUGAAGAGCUGCGUCAGUCACUGAGCAGAUGAGUUGGCCAACUCCUGAGAGACCAUCAUUUUGAUUUGUUGAAGAAGCUCAUGGUGGCAGAGUCUGAUCUCUUAAAAGUGCAUCUCCUCAAACACAGCUGGAACAGAAGUUGAUCAUGGUUUCAUUAGACUUUUAAUAGGUGCUGCACCUGAAGAUAUCUGCCAUGUUUUAAUUAUCACUCUGACAAUGGCUAAGACAAUCCGCCCUUCACAAAUUUGAGGCCAAUCUGUUUUGAUGGGUGUUGUCAUCAUAACCGAGAACCUUUGAGAACCUUCCUUGCAUUAAAAGGAACUUCUCAGACCUAAAGACAGUUAAUUUUAAAGGUUUGUACAAAGGAUUAAAAAAUGGAAAUUUGCAGCCUCCUGCUACAAUGUGUAUGGGGAGGGCCUCACCUUAAAAGAGCAAUUUUACUGUCUUAAAUGCUGUUACAAGAUGAGUUCAUGUAGAUCUUAAUGAAGAGAACUUGUGACAUCAGAAAUAGAUGCAAAAGGUGGAAGAUGCUGUGCCUUACUGUUACCAUCUCUGUUAAUGAUUUUGAGGAACUUUUAAUUUAACAUGUUCUGACACAUCCUCUGAGGUAGAAUUUCCUCAUUGCUAUAACAUGGGCCUAUAGCAAGAUAUCUCAGCUGAAAUUAUUUCAAGUUUUCUCAGAAAUGUGUAUCAUUUAAAGAAUGUCCUAUAGGAGUUUACAGAAUGUUUUUGAGAGGACUGUGGCUUAUUAAAACAAACUUUUUAAAAAGCUUUUGGUCUUUUUCACAUUCAUUAGCUUGCACAUUAAAUCAGUGUAGUCAGUUCCAUUUUUCCUUAUAAUCAGGUUGGGUUCUUGGUGCUGCAAUAUUUGGGUUUUAAACACUCCAAGGAGAUAAGAGCUGUUUUAUCAGGCUUUAUUUUCCAGGCUGAGCUAUGCUAUUUGCCAUGCUCCUGCAGUGAAGCUGUAAUCCAGAAAGCUGAUUGCUUUGUAUGGAAACAGAGGCUUAUAGUUUUCCUUCCUGUAGGAUGAAGUUGAAACAAGUAUAAGAGGGAGCACUUGUUUGAGUAUCUACUAUAGUUGGGAUUGUCUACACUGGGGUACACAGAAAAGUUGAGAUAAAUUAACUAACGGUGUGAAGCUAAUAUAGGUAUGGGUUUGUCUACACAGCACAUUACUGUGCAGCAUGCCAGGAUGUGAAAGGCCAGGACCCUACACCAGGACUUUCACUGUGAUGUAGCAGUGUCCAUGUGGCAUAUUGCCUGUUCGCAUGUGCUAAAUUAAGGGAAGAUUAAACUACAACCAGCCACUUCGCUUCUGAAGG